UUGUGUUAUCAUGCUUACUUUAACCGCCUGUUAAAUUAGGACAAUUGCAAAAGGACAGAAACAGUGUCAUUGGACGGAAUGACUUUCAGGAGCAGAAUGAUAUUUCGUCUGCUUUGGAUUGUCGUUGUUUUACAACUUUGCAUUAUUGGAACAGCGGCUCUACAGUGUUACAACUGUAUUAACAUAUCCGAUGCGGACGAGUGUUUGUCGAUAACGGAAUGUGGGACAAGUCAGUCGUGUUACAUGGACACAUCUGGAAAAACCGUUACCCUAGGAUGUACAGAUAACCAGCAAUGUGGUGUGAGUGCUGGUGCGGCCGGAAGUUUAGUUGGUAGAGGUGUUAACAAACGACAACAAACUCAAUGUCACGAGUGUUGCAGCAUGGAUAAAUGCAAUAAGAACCUGUGUUCUCAUCUGAAACCUGGAACAUGUAUUGACGAUGCUAAAGCCGACUGUGCAUGGAUGAAUACAUUUUUCAACAUAUGUCAAGAUAUUCAUCACGCAAAAUUAGUAUGUCCUAAGUUCUGCGCACUAUGCUCAUUAGUGGAUGGGAACUGGGCUAGCUGGUCCCCGUGGUCUACAUGUGACGUCACUUGUGAAAAUGGGACCCAGACAAGAACAAGACAAUGUUCCGAUCCUCCUCCGGCAAAUGGAGGACUUGAUUGCAUCGGAACACAUACUGACAUUAAGGCAUGCUCAAAACAACUUUGUCCAGUACAUGGUGGGUGGACUCAAUGGUCAAGCUGGGACGCGUGUUCUGUAACUUGUGGUGUAGGUAUAGAAAGGCGACAUCAUAAUUGCUCGAACCCGAUACCAGACAGAAACGGACUUCAAUGUUUCGGCGACACAUUAGAUGAUAGAAUAUGCUUACCGGGUCCAUGUGCAAAUGGUGGUUGGACAGGCUGGGGACAAUGGAACACCUGUUCAGUGACGUGCGGGGACGGUAUAAAGUCUAGAUCGCGUACCUGUACAAACCCGUCACCCUCGCCUCAUGGAAAAUAUUGUAAAGGAGAUUCUAUAGAAGUUGAUUCUUGUAGAAAAAUCAGAUGCAGACCAAAUAUAGUAUUUAAAGCCAAGGGUGUAACAAGCACUAGUCCUGGCGAUGGAGGAACUAUAAUAUUUGGCUCUACAUUUAUUAAUGAAGGGAAUGCUUAUAAUACAUCUACUGGAAUCUUCACUGCGCCAGUCAACGGAACGUACUCAUUUAGUUUACAAUUGUGUACAAAUAUCAACAACUAUUUCCUCACGGCUAUUAUGAUAGAUGGGACAACAUUUGCUACCUUAUAUGUUUAUGAUAAAUAUGUGUAUUCAUGUAAUAGUACAGACACGGUUGCUGUUUUACAUGAACAUUCAAAAGUAUUUGUUAAAUGCACUGCUCAUUGUGUCAAUGCUGUAUAUCAAGAUGGCUUUCAUAUGAACUCAUUCUCUGGAUAUCUGGUUCACCAGUAAACUUAUCUUUUUUGUCA